AGCCAAAAUUAAAUAUAUUUUGAUUUAUUACUGUGGAUUUUUCUCAUAAAGGAUGACGAAUUCUAAAGACAGUAGUCCAGAAUCAUCUAGAACUAAACGAAAGAAAUCAUUGUCGCCAAAACAUGAAGAAAAACAUAGGAAGAGGCAUCGUCGCGACAAAUCUCCUUCUUAUAAAAGGUACUAUGGAGAAGAUCUGGACAAAAAGAAAAGAAAUAGUGACCGGUAUUGGAAUAAAUAUGCAAAAGAUGAUAAGCCACCAGUUGUUGGUAGCCGAUAUUAUGACGUGGAAAAUAAAGAUGAGAAGAAGGAUGAAAUUGCUCCAAUGCCCCGAGAACGAAAGAAGGUUGAUAUGCUCACAUCUAAAACAGGUGGUGCUUACAUACCACCAGCAAAAUUAAGAAUGAUGCAAGCUGAGAUUACCGAUAAAAACUCAACUGCAUAUCAAAGAAUAGCCUGGGAAGCUUUGAAAAAGUCAAUCCAUGGUUAUAUAAACAAAGUGAAUACAUCUAAUAUUGCUAUAAUAGCAAAAGAAUUGCUUCAUGAAAAUAUUGUACGGGGUAGAGGUUUAUUAUGUAAAUCUAUUAUACAAGCUCAAGCAGCUUCACCAACCUUCACUAAUGUAUACGCUGCCUUAGUUGCUAUCAUUAACACAAAAUUUCCAAAUAUUGGUGAAUUACUACUGAAAAGAUUAGUACUUCAGUUCAGAAGGAGUUUUAAGCAGAAUAAUAAGGCUAUUUGUAUUUCAUCAACUACUUUUAUUGCCCAUUUAACCAAUCAAGGAAUAGCUCAUGAAAUUUUAGCAUUAGAGAUAUUAACAUUAUUGGUAGAAACACCUACAGAUGAUUCAGUUGAAGUUGCUAUUUCUUUCUUGAAAGAAUGUGGACAAAAAUUAACAGAAGUUUCAAGUAAAGGUAUAAAUGCCAUUUUCGAGAUGCUUAGGAAUAUUUUACAUGAGGGACAGUUGGAACGGAGAAUUCAAUAUAUGAUUGAGGUUAUGUUUCAAAUCAGAAAGGAUGGUUUUAAAGAUCAUGUCGCUGUUACAGAAGAGCUUGAUUUAGUUGAUGAAGAAGAUCAGUUUCCUCAUAUUAUUACAUUAGAUGAAGUAAAGCAAGGAGAGGGGGAGGACAUAUUGAAUGUAUUCCAAUUUGAUGAUAAAUAUGAAGAAAAUGAGGGAAAGUACAAAUUAUUGAUAAAGGAAAUCCUGGAUGAUGAUACUGAUAAUGAAUCUGGAUCUGAUUCUGAUGAUGAAGAGGAUGAAGAAGAUGAAGAUGAGGAAAAGGAGGAUGAAAAUAAAACACAAGGCAUCAUUAUUGACAAUACCGAUAGUAAUUUGAUUUCUUUGAGAAGAACAAUAUAUCUAACAAUGCAGUCAAGUUUAGAUUUUGAGGAAUGCACACAUAAGUUAUUGAAAAUGCAGUUAAAACCUGGUCAAGAAAUUGAGUUGUGCCACAUGAUUUUAGAUUGCUGUGCUGAGCAAAGAACUUAUGAAAAAUUUUUUGGAUUGGUUGCCCAACGUUUCUGUCAGAUCAACAAGGUGUAUAUUGAACCAUUCCAACAGAUAUUCAAAGAUACGUAUGCUACCACUCACAGGUUAGAUGCUAAUAGAUUGAGGAAUGUUAGCAAGUUCUUUGCACAUCUUUUAUUUACUUAUGCCAUUGGAUGGGAAGUAUUAGAAAUUAUAAAACUGAAUGAAGAGGACACUAAUAGCUCCAGUAGGAUUUUUAUAAAAAUUUUGUUUCAAGAGUUAGCCGAAUACAUGGGAUUAGGAAAGUUGAAUAAACAGCUUAAAGAUGAGAGCUUACAAGCAUACUUUGCUGGUCUCUUUCCCCGAGAUCAUCCCAAAAAUACAAGAUUUUCCAUAAACUUCUUCACUUCAAUUGGUUUGGGAGGACUAACAGAUGAAUUGAGAGAAUAUUUAAAAACUGCACCAAAGGUUCCACAAAUCAUUUUGCCUGAUAAUUUAGAGAGCAGCAGUAGUGAUAGCAGUUCAUCUGAUUCAGAUAGUUCAAGUAGCAGUUCAAGUUCUGAAGAAGAGAAAAAAAUCAAGGACAAUAAAAAAAAGAAAAAUAAAAGGAAUGAAAGUGACAGCUCAGAAAGUUCUGAUGAAAAUAAUUAUCAUAGGAAAAAAAGAGUUGAUAAAUAUGAACAACAGUUUAAAAAAAAUGUAGGUAAAGAAAAAAAGGGAAUUGAUGAAAUAAGUAGACGAAAAAGAAAUGCUAGGGAAGAGGAACGAAGAGAAGAUAGAAGAAGACAUGAAAAAGAUAGAGGCGAUAGGAAAAGAGAUGAAAGAGUAAGAAAAGAUGAUAGAGAAAAACGAAACCAUGAUAGAUAUACAAAAAAAAGAAGCUUUGUGACUGAUGUAAUAUACAUAGUCAAAAUGGGUAUCAGCCGAGACCACUGGCAUAAAAGGAGAGCCACCGGAGGUAAAAGGAAGCCUCUUCGUAAAAAGAGGAAGUUCGAGUUAGGGCGACCAGCUGCUCAGACAAAAUUGGGGUCCAGAAGGAUCCGUUAUGUGAGAACCAGAGGAGGUAACUUGAAAUACCGUGCUCUCAGGUUGGACACAGGUAAUUUUGCGUGGGGCAGUGAAGGAUGUGCGCGUAAAACCAGGAUUAUUGAUGUUGUUUACAAUGCCAGCAACAAUGAGUUGGUUCGUACCAAAACACUAGUGAAAAAUGCAAUUGUUGUCAUUGAUGCUACUCCAUUCAGGCAAUACUAUGAAAGUCACUAUAUGCUGCCCUUGGGACGCAAGAAGGGAGCCAAAUUGACGCCUGAAGAAGAAGCUGUGUUCAACAAGAAAAUGUCUAAAAAGAUUGAACAUAAAUAUGAACUGAGAAAGAAGAUGGCCAAAGUUGAACCAGCUAUUGAGGAGCAAUUCACUACCGGUAGAUUAUUAGCUUGUCUAGCAUCUAGACCCGGACAAUGUGGACGAGCUGAUGGGUAUGUCCUUGAAGGCAAAGAAUUAGAGUUUUACAUCAAGAAGAUAAAAUCUAAGAAAUCAAAAUAAAAUAAUGAUGAAUAAAUAAAUUUUUAUCAUUAUCA